AUAUCUAUUCCCGCAUAUAGUAUAAACAAAAGUCAUCAUGCAUAGAAAUUAAAUCAGCCACAUUUUACCAUUUUAAAGAUCACUUACUAUACUAUGAACUUAGUUGCAAAAUUUCCAAUUCCUUUACGUAAAUCAUUUAUCAAUGUCGCAAAUAAUGCUUUUGUAUUUAAUGAAUACAGUCCCAAGAAACAUCUAAUACUUCAUCACCUACGCGCUUUUUCAACAACUUCAACUUCUACAGACACUAACAAAGAUAAAAAUGAUAAAUUUAGUAGACCGCUUCGUCCUCGUGUAGGAGGACUUGACAUAUUCAGACUUUCUGAUAUAUCAAAACUUGAUCCAAUUUUAGAUGUGUCGGGAACAAUAAUUGAUCCUUCAUUUCCAGUAACCCGUCCUUCCGUAGUAAUAACUGCUCCGGAAACCGAAAGCGAUGACACUGACGCAUUAUCAGCAGUCACUGGGCUUUCCCCUUCUGAAAUUCGUGAUUUACAGAAAAAAACUCUUAUUAUAAAGCGUGUUAUAAAUCAAACAGAGAAGGGCAGGAUUCCUAGCAUGUAUGUUUUAGUAGUUGUGGGCAAUGGUAAAGGUGUUGCCGGUUUUGGAGAGGGUAAACAUGAUGAGGUUCCAACUGCUAUCAAAAAAGCUACUAACAAGGCUAUAAAAAGCUUAAGAUAUUUUGAAAGGUAUGAUGAUAGAACUUUAUAUCAUGAUAUAGAGCAUAAAUUUCAUGGAACAACAAUAAAAUUAUGGGUCAGACCUCCUGGGUUUGGUAUAAGAUGUAACCAUUAUAUACAUGAAAUUGCUAAAUGUAUCGGUAUCCAAGAUCUUUCCGCAAAAGUUUUUGGUUCGUGCAAUGGAAUGAAUGUUAUAAAAUGUACUUUCGAAGCUUUGAAUAGUCAAAAAUUACCGUCAGAAAUUGCGAAAUCUAGAGGAAAGAAUUUGGUGGAUGUAUAUCAUACUUAUUAUGGAACAAAAUAACUACUGUAUAAUAAAGUCAAUUUCACACGUGACACAAGUCACUGUGUAGAUUUGAAUCAAUAAAAUGCUUAAUGAAAUGUAUUAUCAAAUUUCUUCUUUCAUUUUUAAUUUUAAACGAUAUUUUUUUGUGAUAGUCUUUCGA